AGGUAAUUCACAGGUAGCAGACGAUGUUCACACGCGCAUGCGUAGUAGGACAUAAACACCAUGAUGGCGGAUCGGUAGGGGGCGAUGAAUGAUUUGCAUGAAAACUUCGUUUCUCGUCGUGUAACCUGUGACUUGAAUUCAGGGCACAAUGUCUCAUGAGCAGCUUGUUGUGUUUAGUGCCCCACCCCCCUGCUCACCCAUAAUGAGCAAGGCAACCUUUCAGCAGGCAGAUCCCUGUCCUGUGAUUUCCUCAAGCACUUCCUCAACAACAAUGAUGGCAAAUAUCUGCACCAGAGGAACAGCACCUGGCUUACCAUUGUCUGCUCACCAUAGAGUCACUUCAAGUCAAGGUGCACAGCGACGUGAGCAGUUUCAGUGUGCAAAGUUGUCUCCAGAUGAUCCGCCAGUAGAAGCCCAACAUUCCUGUUCUGAAACAUCUGAUAGGCUUCCAGUGCUAGUGGCACAAUCACCAGAUGUGGCACUUCCAUGCUGCCCUCCUAGCAGUCAGGCGUCACAUUCAUCUAGUAGUCCACAGUUACGAAGAACUGUUCUUACGAAGAGAAUUCCAGAUAAAAGCAUUUCUGAAAAUGAUGAUGUUGAACUAAGACGCUCUUCACGACAUCUCCGACAUGCACAAUCGGAGGUUCCGUCCUAUCUUAGUUUUGAGGACCAUCGUCGAUGCUCUCAAUCGCUCACUGAUGCCAAGGAACAUGCAUAUGCGCGCCUCAAAGAAGAGCUGACCAAAGCACAGCAGGAACUCAAGCUGAGGGAUGAAGAAUGUGAGAAGCUGAGCAAGGUGCGUUACCAGAUGGAAGAGGAGUUGGAAGAUCUCACAGCCAGUCUUUUUGAGGAGGCAAACAGAAUGGUGCAGGAGGCCCAUAUCAAGAGAAUAAAUACAGAAAAACUAUUAACUGAGGCUAAUGAAAAGAUAGAGGUGCUGCAGGCAGAAGUAGCUGCCUUGAAACAGCUGGUGCUGACCUCAACCCCUAGUGCCCCCAACAAGCAUCUGCACCCACAGAUCUGCGAUACAAGCCCCAAAAAAGAAAAGGGAGCUAACUCUAAACCUUUUUGGAAAUCUCAUCGACGCUCCACUUCUCACCAUGAAUUUACUAAAGAACAGCGACAGCAGCCAGAGGAACCGCAGGAAAAUUCAUGCUGCAUUAAAGAGACGGACAGUGUCUGCUUUGACGAGUUCCAGCGAUGGAAGCUGCAAGCUUCUCUAAGUCAAGAAUCCCCAUUCAUGCACCGUGUUGUCUGGGAGGACAUCCAGCCUUGCCUUAACUUCCGCAACAAGCAGUUGUCUCAAAGAGUGCAAGAGAGCGUGGAAGGCAACACUCUUACAAUUGAACCAAUACCUGGUGACAGCUCUUACCCCAGGAAGUGCUGCCUUUCAGAGACAAAUAAAUUAUGUAAUUACAAGAUUAAGCUACAAGAGGAUGACGAGUGGUACUCAAUAUCUCAGAUGUGCCGUAACAGAAUAGCCGCAGUGUGUGAUUUCUACACAUACAUCCGCUACAUUGUACAAGGCUUGGUCAAAAGUGCAGACAAAGAGAUGUUUCAGGAGAUUGUGAGGCUUCGCAUGCAGAUGAGUGCAGCACGGUUAGGAUGCUAAGGUUUGAAGCUCAAGCUAGACUGCAAAAGAAUGGAAGCAUUCCCUAUUUCAGAUUAUGGAAUUUUGAAAGCAUUCCCAACAUUUUAAUAUGGCAACACUUGGCUUGAAAGUUUCGAAGAUGAUUACACUUUCUUAAUAACAUUUUGCACAUCAUGCGUGCAUGCAGCUAGAUGGGAUGAAGGAUUAAAAAGGUUGACAGGUUGCUUCAUUGUUUUGGCAGCAUUUUAACAAGAACCUAGAAAAAAGUGGCUUUAAAAAUUUGUUGGUGGAAAAGUUGUCACUCAGUGUAUUUGAGGCAGCUGAUCCCAUUAUGUGGCAAUAACUGAUUAAAAGUUUGUAGUAUAUUUCUUUCUCGAUAAGGUUACAUUUAGUGGAAGAACAGAUGUUUUUCAAGUUUUAUCAGCUGGAUUUAACUACGGAAAAAACCCUGUUGAUUUUGACAUUGUAUGUUUUCAGAUAUAAUUACUUGCAACAGUUAAUUUUCAUCCAAAGAUUCUGUCAUAUAGCUUUACUGUUAAAUAUGAUGCAUCAAGAAAAGUGCUGGGUUUAUUUUUGUUUAGGCUUUUUUGGGGGCCAAGAAUUGUGUAUUCUUAACUCUUUAAAAGUGUGCAUCGUGAAUGCAAGUGACUUUAUAUCUCUAGCUCAUUUGCGUUGAUGCAUCUGUACUGAAUGAGCUAAAUUUUGGACUCCAAAAUUUGAAGUGAUAUUCCUUCAUAGAUGAUUACAAUUAAAUCAAUGCUGUGCCAAUGUCACAGCAUAGUGGACUGGUGCAAGAUGAUACCCAAACAUGGACAUUAUUACGCAUUGAUGAUCCUAGCUGAUAGUCACUCAGCUUUAUUGUUCCAUUUGUGUUGAGUGACAGCUUAGUCUCUCUUCAGGCUUUUUUUGUUUUUUUUUAAGCAAAGGAGGCUGAUUAGCUGCAUUGUCUUGACAGGCAUUUUUAUGUCAGUAAUAUACUUUUCAUGAUAUUGGCUGUGUAGUCAUUCUAAGCCAGCUUGCAUAAUAUUGCUAGGCAGUAGGCUGGCAGGCUACUUAAUCUUUAUAGGAAAAAAAAAUCACUUGCCUUUGGUUACUCACAUCAUUUUGUAGCGUCACAGAUAUUUGCAAGUAGCUCCUUCAAAUAAAAGGAAUGGGUCUGCAUUAACAGCCAUGUUUCACUCUUAAGUUUAUAUCAUUUCUUUUAUGAAAAAAAAAAUACAUUUGAAAGGACACGAGGAAGGCAGCACUCCAUGUUUUCUUACCAUCAGCUCAAGCUACCAUUUAAGAAUGAUGCCCUGUGACUAAAAGCAUUUGAGAUGCUUUGAUAUCAGUGUCACUUCUAAAACUUUAGAAAAGGUUUGUGAGACACUUUUUAAAGUUAGUAGGGUUCUUUACCGCAUAAAUUGCAGAAAUUUCAAGCAAAUACUUAAAAAAUGUUGGCUUGCACGUGGACAUGAGAGGGGAAAAGGAGAGUUUGGCUAAAACAAAUUUUUAGACUCCUCUCUGCGUACACUUUGAAGUUGCCAGAGUUCAAGGAAUUAUUAGAGCAAUCUUAGCAAUUAAACUGUAAGCUUCAUUAACCAAAAAUGAUGGAUGUGACGUAUCCCAAAGAAAUGACUGUUCUUGUAUUUUGUGGUGCAAGAUUUUAUUCCAAGGAUGUGUUGACUACUUAAAUAGUGCUUAAAAAAUUGGCCUGUAAAAGUUUACCUUUAUGCUGGUACGAAGAAAAUAUGUUGAGACCUAUUUUUUUCGGUAUACAUGAAUUUGUGACUGCUCGUUCAGGACUAUAUUUUUGAUUUUUGUGAAGCCACGCAUUACAGUGUUGUAUGCUUAAUACUAGGAAAUAUACGAAAACUUAGUCUCCUGUGGUGCAUGCAUGCAGAAGUGCAUGUGCAUUUGUUGUACAUGAAUCACGAUUUAUUCAUGUUAAAGUGUUCUGAAAAGGUUAAUUUUAAGACAUUUUAAUGUUUUCCCAAAGUAUUUUGUAUUUUUUUAUUUUGUCUUGAUUGCUACACUGCUUUUAUCCUUUUUUUUAAAUAACAAAAUUGAUGAUGAUGAAGAUUUGACUGUUGUAGCCCCUUCUCAUUUUACAAUCGUGUUUGUGAAGUAAGGUCAGCUACAGCAUGUACAAACAGUAAUACUUUAAACGGAGAGUAGGGAGAGUUCAUUUUUUGAUCACAUAGUAAUUGCCACAUCAUUCUGGACUUUUGUGAUUAGGUAAGAAAUAGAAGCAUGUCUUCUGUGAUACUAUUUUGUACAGAAGAUUCUAGCAAUACUUCAACAAUUCAUAGAGCACCAUACCAAAACCAUAUACAUACGCAAACAGAUCUGGAUGACAAGUUGAACUUGUGUCGAAAGUAUUAUGUCAGUGUGUUUGCACUGCAUCCCUUCCUAUGGUUUGUGAACUUGUUAUGGUUUUACAAAGAGACAUUCCGCAGACUACCCUAUGGGCAGCAAAAAUUUAUUUGCACCUAUAUGAUUAAUUCUAUGACUGAAAUAGUGGUGUGUAUAGUUGCAUUUGUAUUCUUUUGAGUUCUUUUUUUUUCUAUUAUUAGUUGUAAUGCUCCAUGAGCUUGUCUUUUGGUGCUAUGUAAGUGCACUUUAUUAUUAUGACUGUCUUGAAAUUUGUACAUGGUUUCAUCAAGUAUGGAAUAACUUGUGAUGGCAUUAUUUUUUUUUAAACAGUUUGCUUUUUCGUCUAUUCUAUGUGUGUUCAUUUUUCUCAUCAAAAAUAUCUGAGUGUAUGGUCAAGUACUUAAAUCUUUGUGGGUGUUGUGUAGGGCCCACAUCAGAAAAGAGUGAUAUAGCUGAACAAAUGUGCUUGUCUUUCUCUUCAGACUUUUUUUUCUACACAUGCCUUCUGGAGUUUCUAUUUCCCAUUGAACAGUGAGUAGUUGUCUAUGCAAUUUUCAGCAGCCUGCUUCAUCCUUGUAAAUACUGUUAGUUGUUGAACUCCGUAAAAGGAUAUCAUCAUUCCUGUUAUUGUCUCUUGCUGGCAGUCAUUCAUAUUACAUACUUCCUGUCAUAGUUGUAGUAUCCUGCCAGGCCUCUACAUCCUUGAGCUUCUCUCCAGUGACCUGACAUAUCCUGUUGUGUUAGGUAACACAGGAUACUCAGGUUCCUUGUUGAAGAUCAGGUUUAUUUGAGAUAUCUUUGUCUUUCUCAACAUUACAAGUUAUCAGAUUUUAUCAUGUUAUCUCAACUCGUUAUGAUGCCAUAUGUCUACUUAAAGUGUUGUUGAUCUUCAUUGUUUUUAUCAUGGCCAGUAAGGUACAUUACUGACUCACAUCGGUCACAGUGUAUGUUUGUGGUGGUGAGAAGUGGAUGUUCACUUUUGCUUGCAACUGGUGUGAAUAAAUGUAAAGAAAUAAGCUUAACAAGUUCAACAUGAACUAAUGCCAUAGUGCAAACAAGCCAAAUGCACGGGAUGGGAGGGAGGAUGGAGAUUUCCCUGCUGGUUGACAUUGAGAGAUCAUAGUAAGAGAUUUGCAGAGCUUAGAUUUUUAAUCAACUUUUUUCCCAGUGGUUUAGGUUGGCAAUAUGACAGGCAUUUUUUCCCCAUACGUUUAGUCUCUUUACAAAUUACAAAUUUCAGAAGCAUAAAGCUUAACACCAUAUGUGGUUGUGAAGAUGUUUUCUGUGGCAGUUACAGCAUCGAAGUCAUACAGCAGAGAUGUGUCUCUAGUGAUAAAUGGUUGUUAAGACUGUUUAAUGUGCGUGCACAAGUAUAUUAUUGUAUCUGUUUCUUUGGUAUUACAGUAUUGCAUAAAAUCUGUCAUUUGAACAGCAUUGUAAAUAGAACAUCAUUUCAAUAGUAAAAAUGAACAGUGCUAAGUCAUUGCUAAAGAAAAUAAUUUUUGACACUAGAAAUACUGUUGACUUCAAUACAUGACAGUAGCUACAGAUCAUCUGAUAGAUAUUUCAAAUGGCAAACUGCUAAUUUAGUGUACCAGUGCAUAAUUGUGUAGAUGGUGAAGUUACAGCAGAAUACCAAAUCAAGUGAAGAUCAAAUAUUUUGAGAAUUUUUCAUAUAUUUAUGUUGAAAAUAAUAAAAUCAAAAAAAUCAUCAGACUUUACAUUUUUCCCCAAAUCUGAGUCUAGUAGAACAUUUUUGACUCGUGCAUGGGUAUGUGUGUUUCAUUUUAUGGAUUCUUUUCUCUUUGACUUUGAUUUAUUGGUAAGAGUUUUGGGGUUGACAUGUUGGUGUAUUUGGGAUGUUUUGAGCUACUCUGUUCAAAGAACACUUUAUGUAAAUCAGCCACCAUGUUGGAUGAACAUCUACAAAGAAUGUUUUUGUUUUGAACAUAACAACCAGUGUUUAUUAUUCAGUGUUUUUCUCUUUUGUAUUUUUUUAAUCUAAUGAACAAUGUGCACAAAUGAAUUUAUCUGACAAAGAUUUUGUUUAAAAAGAUUGUGACCAGGAAAUCAAUGUUUGAAUUAAACUAUCCCGCUGUUUUAAUAGUCAUUUUUGUUUCUUUGGUGUUAAAAGAUUUAGUCAUGUUAGCUGUCCAGGUAUUAUUUGUUAGUGAGAGAAUUUUCCUCUACCUCAUUUUAAUAUUAAUAUUUCUUCCUAUUAUUUGUCACAUGACACUUUCCUCUGUUCUCCUCCCACUAUCUGUGAGUCAAAAGGAAAGCAGAUCCUGGCAAAACAAGUGCUAGUAUAAGGAGUUGAAAGAACAGAUGAAUGUUGUAGCCAUGGCAUCAUGUUAUGAAUCUCUACUAUUUACAGGAAGGAACCUGAGUAAUAUCCUUUGUUAGAGGAUUGGUGUUAAAAGGUGUGGCUUUCACCAGGCUUUGCGGCAUCUAAUCAUUGCCGCCGUUUUAUUUUUUGUAAGUUCAACAUGGGUUGUUUUUUUUUAAUGACUAUCUACUAACAUUUUGCUGGAUCACCACCCUGGAACAGUGUUGAACACUUCAGAAUAAUUUUUACCUAAGUACAAGGAAGCAAUAUGUGUUUGCACAUUAAAACAAAAUAUAUAAUUAGCUGCAGUCAACUAUUGUACAAACUCUGUACUGUUGCAUGUGUGUUAUGUCAUUCACCAGCAACAGAGUCAUGUCUUUUCGCCUUAAGUCUUAUCUGGAGCUUUUUUUUCAUGUCCUUUCAUCUGGCAUUUUGUAAACCUUCUCUUGAAGUGUGUGUGUGUAGAUGCUAUGAAAUUCCACAGAUGUUGGCAGAGGUUAAAAAAAAAAAGAUGUGAAUAUUCCAAAACUAAUGAAAAUACAGUGACAUCAGUGCUCUUACAAUUACUGUACAUUAUUAAAGACAUUCAUAUCUGACAUUCCCGUCACCCACAAACCAUAAAUCAAUACAAUUUUUAACACUUUAAGAAACUGUUCACAGCUUUUUUUACAACAUUAGGCACACAACCCAUAAAAGUGAAGGAGGAAGGUGUUACAGGUAGGAGAGAGGAGUAGGUAAAAAAAAACCUGGGAUUCCUUUAACACAAGACCUGUUAGUGUGAAACUGAUCUUUUGGGAAGACAUUUUAGUCUGCUUUCUUGGUGAGCCAUUGUGCCUCUUAUUUGAGCCUUCUUGAAGGCUUAGAUAUCUAUUUUCUAUCUUGCAGCAAAGACAUGAACCCGAGUAAGAAAAGGCAAAACACUGCAUCUUAUUCCCUGUUCUGCUCCAGAAGUUUCCGUCCAAAACCCAUUAUCUUAUCAUGGUUGAUUCACCAAAACUUGCCUUAGUAAUGUUUAGUGUGGAUGCCAUGAUUUCAAUGAAGGUUUUUUUUCCAAAAAUAAAUGUAUUUUAAAGAAUGCAUACAGGUUGAAAGUGUUUCUUUGGAACCACGUCUCAGGUUCAUUGUGAUUUAAACUUCAAACAGCUAAUACAGUACAACAUCAUUUUUAGUCUGAUGUAGAUUUUGUUUUAGUAAUCACUAGAAACAGUAAAAACUGACUCCUCACCUCAGUGAAGAAAUCAAGUUUGACCACUUUUUACAAUUCAUUUAAAGAUUUAAUUCAUUUACUGGCCUGUCUCUCAACUGACUUGUGUGAGUAGAUAUGCUGUCCAUGAGAAAUUUCUGUGCUUUGUAUUUUGUUUAUAUAUUUAUCACGAAGCUUUGUCAGACAGUGGAAUUUCUGAUUUCUCACUUGUUGAUGCAAUGAUGGUGGAAUGUUUUUAUGUUGUCUGACAGGAUUCGUUAUACAGUAGAUACAAAACAGUUAAAAGUUACCAAUGUCUAUGGUGUUCUGUUAAAGAAAGGGUUAUAUAAGGAAGUAAUGUAUACUCUUUUAAUGUCAUUCAAAAAGCGCAAAGCUCCAGCAUAAAUGUGAUACAGAAAUUUAUAAAAAGCAGACAUUGCCCAUGCACAUACGAGGAAGAGUUGCUAACAUCCCCGUCUCAAAUGUCAGCUGACACCCCUACUUCAGCAGAACGUUGUGAAAUAAUGACUGCAGAGUGAGCAAGCACAAUUCUCUCCCUGAGGAUAGCAGCGAAGUGGAAACAAACCUUGAGCCCCUUCAAUCCCAAGCACAGCAUGGCUCACAUGCUUUCACCUUCACCCUUGAAGCUUGUCUCCACCCAGAAUGAACAUAAAUGAAAGGUUGACAGAUGUGCUCACAGAUACUUGUAGAGUUAUGGCAAAGAGAUUGUAGAUAUUUUUCCCAUCUCUACUAACCAUCCCCCAUGUCCUCUUGAAUCAUUUUUUGGAGUUCAGCAGAACAUUGUCAUUCAUAUGUCUAUAAAGCUGUACUGUAAAGAUUUUUGUAUUUAUUGUUUCGUUUUAAUUUUUUCCUUUUUGUGUGUCAAUGCUUCAAAAGGCUGGUGUAAUACUUUAAGUUUUACACAACAGUUUUCUGUGAUAGGUUGACAACAGUGUACAUUUUUGGUAUCAAACUGUCCUUGUUUUUACUUUUGGCUAUUGAACAGUUAAGCUCUGUUCCUCUGUAUCUGGCUGAAAAGCUUUUCAAUGCCCGCUGCACAACCUUAAGCAGUGCUAAUGUAAUCUUAUGGGUGGAAGACAAAAAAUUAUAUUUGAACUGAAUCAAGGGCAUUUGAUGUACUUGAAUUUUUGCAUGCUUUAUCUCUCUUAGCUUUUGCUGUGGUGAAGGUAAGUAAAAAAAAAUAAAAAAAAGAGCCCCAGGAAAUUCAACACAAAAGUUGUCUGUUAAUUUAAAAACAUGUAUAUGUCACAUGUUUGUUAAUUUUUACAGAAUUAGCUACCUCAUAUGUUGAGUAAGACGUGUAGAAAUUAUAUUUUUUAAAUAAUAUUAAUAUAAACAUUAAAUGUUCAGUCUUAACCCCACCUACCCCAGCAAUUUCAUUAAACCCAUAGGUACUCAGAUUGUAGCUAUGCUCUGUUAAUGUCAUGCACUUGCUUUUUUCAUUACAUCUUUCAAAAGAAUUUAAGAAGUGUAAAAGCUUAAUUCUCUUGUAUACAUGAGGCAAAAAUAAUUUUGUUGGCAUCUGGAAUGGUAAUUGUAUACAAAUUACUAUGAACAAUUACAGUAUGUAGUGGUCAUGUACAGAAAUGCAGUUUCAAUUUACUUGCAACUUUUUCUCUCUAGGCAUAUCUGCAGAACUUAGAUAUACUAGACAGUCAUGUCUGAAUGUUGAUUGACAACUCCAGUAAACUUUUCUUUUAUCUUACUGGAGUUAACAAAGGCUUCCAUGUCUUCAGUGCUGACAUCGAAGUAUUGACCUGUUUCAUCUGCACUAGCUUAUAAACUCUCAAAGACUGUAAAUGUGUUAAAAAGAGAAUAAAAUAUUUUAUAGCCCUGAAACCAUU